AUGGAUACCGUCGAACGUCAAUCCUACAAAUUUGACGUUGGGAAACAUUGUCGUUAUUUUGAGCAUACUAGAGCUCUGUCCCCUCAGUACGGAGAGAGUGAUGCAAUCAGAUUCCUAAUAGGAACUCAAAGCCUGAAGCCCAAUUCUAAUCAGAUACAUGUUGUGGAGUUGGAAGAGGAUACUGGUGCCUUGCAUACUAAGGUGUUCAAGCAUGACAUUGGUGAAGUAUGGCAUCUCCGUUGCUCCCCCCACGACGCUGCCACUCUUCUCACUACACACAAUUCCUAUGACCCGGCCACUUCACAAUGCACCAUGGGAGUCUCCAUAUUCAAACUACCAACUGUUGAGGUAAUUCCGAAAGACUUGGACGAUCUAAGCGCCAUACAAAGCCGGAAUGCUGAAGAUAUGGAACUGCUUUUAACCAUCAAACCAGAGAAACCCGAAGAAGAGAUACGUUGCGCAGAAUGGCACCCUACGGACGCGACUAGAGUGGGCGUGGUUUGUGAGGGCGGAGUCAGAGUGCAUGACGUCACAAGCGGGGCGGCGCUUAGCCGGGCCGCUGCGUCAGCCCGGCUAAAGUUCACUGGCGGGAAAUGGAACCCACAUCAAGGACAUACUCAGUCGGGACAGUUUCACUUAGCAAGCGCGGGUGACGACGCAGCUCUCAACAUAUGGGACUACAGGAACGGAAAGGAACCCAUCUUUAAAAGAACCGAUCAUUCACAUUGGGUAUGGACAGUCCGGUACAACACAUUCCACGAGCAGUUGUUACUGUCGGGCAGCUCGGACGCGCGCGCCCUGCUCACUGCCGCCGCCAGCGUAUGCUGCGACCUCGACGACGACGGCAAGCGACUCAGCCAAGUUCUAGAAGAUGGCGUACUACAAUCGUAUGAGCAACAUGAGGACUCAGUGUACUGUGCAGAGUGGAGCGCCGCGGAGCCCUGGACCUUCGCCUCGUUGAGUUACGACGCUCGGCUCGUACUUUCCAGAGUUCCCAGACAUUUUAAAUACAAAAUAUUACUGUAGACUGUAACAAAGCAGUUAGAUCGUUCACUCGUGUUAAAUAUAAGGUCAUACAAUAAAUAAAUAACGAAAAGUCAGUGCCUAGUGCAAAUUUAGUUUAUUGGUAAAACGAUCGACACGUUUUUGACGUUCGACGCUUUGAUUGGCCUGUUACAACCAACCAAUGCAGGUACCUGAGGGCCUACCAUCUCUCUUUCUCGCACGGAAGAUUCACGCUUUAACACUUCACUUCAUGGUCAACAUACGGCGGCCGUACUGUAGGCCUACUGACUAACCAAUCAGAACGCUUGACGCGGUAACGUAUCGAUCGCGUUAACCUAAAAAAUAAGCACUCUGCACUGGUUGCAAGUGCAAUAAUGGCCGUGGCCCCCAAAGAUUACAUAGACACUACGUGGUGGCCCCUGCCGGAGCAGAAGAAAAAUUUCACCCUGAUGGCGCGAUUCUGUACUUCCAACAACAACCUAAUUUAUUAACGAUGCGUAGAGCAUGGUAGCCCUAAUAGAAUAGAAUUCAAUUGUAAAUUACUACUACUUAAAGAAGAAUGUAAAUUAUGUUUAGUUAUAUUAUAUUACAUUCCAUUUAACACUUUCUUUCGUAGUUAAGACAAGUAUUUAAUAAAAAACACAUUUUAUGUACAAAUAACUUUUAUUUACAAACUAAAAUCUCUCUGCAACUCUAUUGGCGACAUUCCUCAGAUUUCCAUAGACUUUAGACGGAGGUGAACCCAUAAUGAGGUUGCAUAUCGCUCUUCGCGCCAACGCGAUAUUCUGAUAACUGCCAAGAAUAUGAAUUUUUGAGUCUGCCAACACUAUUCUGGUUUUAGUAACGUUCUCAAUGGUGAAUUUGGUGCGGCCAGCUUUGCCCGCAAGGCGGCCGAUGGCGCGACUUAAAUGGUCACCAUUUAAUGUUUUAACAUCUUUAACUUCAAAAGAUUCUACGAAUAAAUCAUCCAAUCUGAGCAGGGCAAGGGCAUCAUCAACUUCGAAUCCAUAAAUGAA